GCAGAUCGGGGAUUUUCUGUUCCUUCUGCAUGCAGUGCAGACAGACAAGACGUCGCAGGUCGACUUGUCCCCCCUUGUCCAACUUGUAGGCCUACCUCCGAUUUAUGAUUCGAAGUCUCCAACAGUCCAACUUGUAGGUCUACCUCUGAAUUAAGAAUCCAAGAUGGCUAUAAACUGGGGAGGAGUGGCCGGCAUCAUUGUCUUCUACCUGCUGAUUCUGGCCGUCGGGCUGUGGGCGUCUCGCAAGAACAAAGGAUCCAGCGAUCAAGAGCAAGUGGUGCUGGCUGGCAGAAACAUUGGAGCAGUGGUUGGGAUCUUCACCAUGACUGCUACGUGGGUGGGAGGAGGUUACAUCAACGGAACAGCCGAGAACGUCUUCCUACCUGAAGGGAAUUCUGGAUUAGUUUGGACCCAGGCAGUGUGGGGAUAUUCAACAAGUCUCGUUCUAGGAGGUCUGUUCUUUGCCAAAAUCAUGCGGUCCAAGGGUUACAUCACCAUGUUGGACCCGUUCCAGCUCAAGUACGGCUCCCGCAUGGGUGGGCUGCUCUUCAUUCCCGCCCUUACGGGAGAACUCUUCUGGACGGCGGCCAUAUUGAAUGCUCUAGGGUCGACCAUCAGUGUGGUACUUGAGCUAGAUAGGACACUCUCUGUCAUUGUGUCCGCCUGCAUUGCCAUGUUCUACACGUUCUUCGGUGGUCUAUACUCAGUAGUCUACACUGAUAUCAUUCAGCUGAUCUGCAUAUUUGUAGGCUUGUGGAUCUGCGUUCCCUUUGCGAUGACCAAUGAGGCGGUGGAGCCGAUUGGGUCAACGUCUGAGGAAUGGCUCGGCACGAUUGAGUCUGAUCAGGUGGGACUGUGGCUAGAUUCUGCCCUGCUACUGGUAUGUGGAGGCAUCCCAUGGCAGGUAUACUUCCAACGCGUUCUCUCCUCCAAGACUCCACGGACGGCACAGAUAUUGUCGUUCGUCGCCGGCAUCGGAUGCAUCAUUAUGGGCAUCCCAUCGGUUCUUAUCGGUGCAAUCGGAGCGAGCACAAGCUGGGAUAAUACGACCCUUGACCUUGAGAAGAUUGACCCAUACAGUCAAACCAGCCUCAUUCUCCCAUUGGUCAUCCAGUAUCUGACCCCUCCGGUCAUCUCGUUCAUUGGUCUCGGGGCCGUGUCGGCUGCCGUUAUGUCCUCGGCCGAUUCUUCCAUUCUCUCAUCUAGCUCCAUGUUCACUCACAACGUCUACAAGCAGGUGUUUCGUCCUAAGGCCGGUAAACUUGAGCUCUUGUGGGUGAUGCGCGCCUGCAUUGUCGUAGCCGGUGUCAUAGCAACGGCGCUCAGUCUGUCAAUCAACUCCGUCUACCAGCUCUUUGUCUUCUGCUCCGACUUUGUCUACGUUGUGCUGUUCCCUCAACUCCUCUGCGUCAUUUACUUCUCCAAGUGCAACACGUACGGUUCGUUGCUGGCCUACAUCGUAGCCCUGAUCUUACGCUUUGGCGGCGGCGACUCCCUGCUCGGCAUACCGGCCCUGAUCAAGUACCCGUAUUACGACGAAGAGGAAGAAGUCCAACUCUUUCCUUACAAGACUCUGUCGAUGCUCUCGUCUCUUCUAACCAUUCUCGUGGUCUCCUACCCGUUAGACUACCUCUUCAAGAAAGGCACCAUCCCCAAACGCUACGACUUCUUCCGUUGCGUUGUCAACCUUCCCUCUGCCAAGGAUCAGGUAGAUUCUGGUGACGACGAGGCUAAUGUUGAAAUGGAGAAGCGUGACCCGAAGGUUUCGUCGCCUGCUGGGGAGGACGAAUGAAACUUACGCCGCCAUUGAUAAUUUCUGGGUGUUUAAUAUCAGGCUUGCAACAAUUGAAUUGAUUACCGAGUGCCGACUCAUCAUAAAUAUAUUCUUUCUUUAUUUUAAACUAAAAUAUUGGUAAUGGGCAUUGUUUGUAGGGAGAAGAGAAGAGUGUGAGUAGCAUCGAUUUAAACAUAGUCAUCGUUACUUGUCUUCUGCUUUAGUUACUAAAAAAAAAUGUCUGGGGAGGACCGCCCCCAUUUCCCCCUCCCCGGACCCUCCUUUGGACCCAUGUGCGUAAUGUGAUAUGAUAUCGCAGUAUGAUAUGAUACAUCAUACAUCACAAAUUGGGUCUUUUUGCCGUGUUGAACCCAUCUCCUCUAAGAUUCUACCUGUGCAACUCUUAAGCUUAAAACAAAUUUUGGUUUUUGCUUUGUCGUUAAGGGGGCUGCCAUUUUGAACAAUGUUUGUCACAACGACUGAACCAAAAAUGUGUUUUUUUCCCAAUUUAAUCAGAUAAUGCAAUAUUGUCAGCCUCUGUACAGCUACCUUAAUCAUUUAAUAUAUCAAGAAGAUAUUUAAUAAGAACUUAUGAUCAAGUUGCUUGAUAUUUGGGGGUUUUAGCUGCGGGUACAGUAGCAGCUCAACAAAUCAUCAUGUCUCUCCGUUAGUCCGUUAGUCCGUCGGUUAGUUAGUUGGUUAGUACGUUGACAGUGACAUUGUCCAUUGCUCCUACAUCUUACCUUACCUAUCCUCUUCAUGCCGGCUGGCACAUAAGGUCUCCACACUCUUCUCCCACUGUCUCCUUUCUUUUCCUUUAUUCCGUGCUUCAUUCCAUGACUUCCAUCCAAGAUCUUCCCUUUCCUUUUCCACUGUUCUACGCCAUGUUGUUUUUGGCCUGCCAACUUUUCGUUUGCCAUCUGGCUGUCAUGUCAGAGCAGUCAUGCAAUGUAUUCCAUUUCUUUUCGCAGUAUAUGACUUAUCCAGUUCCAUCUCCUUCUUUUCACUUCAAGACUGAUUCUAUUUACUUCUGUCGUGUUGUUAAGUUCCUAUGAUGUUUGGCCAAAAUAUUUGCAUAAUUUUCUUCAGGCAUUGGUAUUGGAAUGAGUCCAGUUUCUUUUCGUCACUUUUGUUCAUUUUCCAGGCUGCGCAUCCAUAACAAUGGUUUGGUAAAGCUUGAUUUUUGUUUGCCUGGUGAAUUGUUUUGACUUCCAAAUUUUAUUCAGCUUCCUAAAUGCAAUGCUCAACCCCAACAUGUCACACUGACCAAACUGGGGUCAAAGGACUUCGUGGGGUCACUGGGGUAAAAAAAAACUCCUUCCAGAAAGUACAUGAUUCAAUCACGUGACUCAUGCUGAGCACGAACUCGUUGGUCCGCAGCUUCCGAGACCCGAUCGAGAUGUUUUUAAUAACAGUGCCAUUAGUCUAAAGGAAAAGGGGAACUUUUGCGUUUUAUAACCAUUUGUGAUAUUUUGAAAAUAAGCUGCUUGAUUUGGUCUUUAACUUGUACUUGGCGUUAUAAAAUAAUUUUGUGUCACUAACAUUUAGAUUUUUUUUACUCUUAAAAUGAGUAGAGUUUAACCGACUCGAGCUAGAUUAUGUAGAUGCUAUUAUAUUAUAUUUGUUGUAAUGUGGAUUUGUAGUCAAUUUUGAUUUCCAAUGGGGUGCAUAAAAGUCUAUUUGAAACUAUUGAAAUUAUGAAAUCGAUUGCCAGCUAGCAGUUUUCAUUUUCUUUCCAUUUUUGCGAUUUUCGUUUAGAGAUUUAGGCCAAUAUUGGAUAAACAUGCUGUGGUUUGAAAAAAUUACAGCAAUGGUAAAAAUUGAACUAAAAGUAAUUUUCACUUGUUAGAACUUUUUUCCAGGGUAUUUGCGUGCCCCCCCCCCUCCGUUUUCCUGCAUGCGCUUGCCCAGUUGGCCAGAUCAAGCAUCAGACAGAUCCAUUAGCCCCGCCCAUUGCAUUUUGACCAAUCAUAGCUGUGAUUAAUGUCCCACAUGCGCGCAGGCGUAUUGUGGCCAAGCAUAGCCGUGAUUUAAAGGGGGAUUCCUGCCUGAAAUUCCCGGAAAUGUCAUUUUUUAUUAUAUACUUACAUUAUUUUAAAGGUCUGAUUGAAAAGAUACUAACCUGAUGUCCUACCGUUCCCCACAAAAAAGACGAAAAAAAGGUUGUUUACAUUUGACGCGGCGGACUGUCACAAAGUGUGAUUUAUAUUUUUAAAUAAUGUUUCAAUUUUUGGUAUUUAUCAUUGUGUUUAUUAAUGUAAUUAAUUAUGGGAUUUUCACUUAUACAUUUAUUUUAGCACAAGUUAAUUUAAUUCUCCCCCAUCCAGAAUUAAGGCUACCCAGAGUGUACAGCAGAGCUAAAUCUUUCUUAUGCAAAUGACAGUAUGCAAAUUAAUGCCAUGGUUGAGUAAUUUUGUUAGGUCUUGGAUGCCAUGUGCAUUCCCCAGGGCUAUUCUAGACUUCACUGUGUGCAGUCCUGUGUGAGUACAUGUACAUGUACAUGUAUAUACAGUGGUACUGUGUGUACCAGGGCGUGGCCCAUGAUUUAAAAGCCAGUUUAUCCUGCAAACUGUAAAGUUUAUUUCAUCCUGCUUUAUACAAUAUAAUUCAGUAAUAGAAGUGCAUAAUACAGAAAUUAUGAAUAUUUUGGGAGAAUAGUGAUAUUCCAGAAAUGGUGCAUUUUGAAGUUAAUCUUUAGAGAUUGAUGUAUAGAAUUGCCUUUUGUAAUCAAGUUUAUUUUCAUUAAAAUUAAUAUAGUUGAUGAA